UAGGCAUUAACUUUUCAGCACUAGAAUUUGAUCAAAAUAAUGGAAGCAACAAAGCCAAAUACUAACUCAAUUCUAAUACUCCACAAUGCUAUGAUUAUAACCAUGGAUUCUCAAACUCGUGUUUAUCGAGACGGUGCAAUUGUUAUCCAAAACGACUCAAUUAUAGCCAUCGGCAAAUCAAUCGAAAUUCUCCCCAGAUUUUCUGCUCUCUCACAUCAAGUUCUUGACCUACGUGGACAAAUUCUUCUCCCAGGGUUCAUAAACACACAUGUUCACACGUCUCAGCAAUUAGCGAGAGGAAUAGCUGAUGAUGUGGAUUUGUUAACAUGGUUACAUGAUCGUAUUUGGCCUUACGAGUCCAACAUGACUGAAGAAGAUUCCUACAUUUCCACUUUACUCUGCGGAAUCGAACUUAUUCACUCGGGUGUUACAUGCUUUGCUGAAGCUGGAGGUCAGCAUGUGUCUGGAAUGGCAAGUGCAGUUGAAGCAUUAGGCUUGCGUGCGUGUUUGACCGAGUCAAUUAUGGAUUGUGGUGAAGGUUUGCCAGCUUCAUGGGCCGCUAAGACUACUGAAGAUUGUAUUAAGUCGCAGAAGGAUCUGUUUAUGAAACACCAUAAUACAGCAGAUGGACGUAUCAAAGUAUGGCUUGGGAUACGGCAAAUUAUGAAUUCAACUGAUCAGUUACUUAUUGAGACGAGAGACACAGCAAAAGAACUAGAAACUGGGAUUCACAUGCAUAUUGCAGAGAUACCCUAUGAAAACCAACUGAUUGUUGAAACUCGAGGAGUUGAUCAUGGAACUGUUACAUAUCUUGAGAAGAUCAAGUUCCUGCAGAACAAUUUGCUGGCAGCACAUACUGUUUGGGUCAAUGAGAAAGAGGUUGAUUGUCUCUCAGAGGCUGGAGUCAAAGUGUCACAUUGUCCUGCUGCUGCAAUGAGAAUGCUUGGAUUUGCCCCCAUUAGGGAAAUGCUCAAUGCUGGUGUUUGCGUAUCCUUGGGAACAGAUGGUGCACCAUCAAACAAUAGAAUGAGCAUUGUUGAUGAGAUGUACCUGGCCUCUUUGAUCAACAAAGGCCGUGAAGUAUUUUCCACAGGAACCACUGAUCCUACAGCUUUGCCUGCUGAAACAAUCCUCAGAAUGGCCACAAUAAAUGGUGCCAAGUCUGUACUUUGGGACAAGGAAAUAGGUUCACUUGAGGUUGGGAAGAAGGCUGAUAUCGUUGUGGUCAAUCCUUAUUCUUGGUCCAUGAUGCCAAUUCAUGACUGCAUUUCCAGCCUCGUUUAUUGCAUGAGAACUGAGAAUAUCGUUUCUGUUAUGUGCAACGGCUGUUGGAUUAUGAAAGAUAAGAAAAUCACAACCGUAGACGAGGAAAAUGUUCUAUCAAUGGCCAAACAUGCCUCUGCUGAACUUAUAAAGAGAGCAGGCAUCCAUAUUCCAAACAGAAUGAAUUUUCUGUGAUCUUGUGACCUCACUGUGUAAAACUGUUUUAACGUUAAAAGACAAAUAAGAAUUGCUUUGUAAUUGUGUUUUCAGCCUUCUGGCUGAUUCAAACCUCCAUUAAGUGCAUAUAAACAAGGCUUGACGUC